GUACAAGUCCACGAACAAAAAUGAUGCAAGUAUCGAGCAUGGCGCACAUCCCAAGCAGAGAUGAGGCCUUAGAAGCACAGUUUCGCCACCAACAACAACUAUACGGACAAGCUCGAGCACGCUCACACGAGACUGCCAUGAUGUCGGCUCAGUACAUUGCUCCAUCCUCUCAACCAUAUGGCUACGCGUAUCAGCAAAAAGCGGUUGCGCCGCCGUCGCCGCCUUCUCCAUCAGUUGAUGAGCUUAACAAGCCGUCGUUGCCCUCGAUUUCAAGUCUUCUAGGAAUGUCAGAAGAGGCUCAAAGUCAAGCACAGCAAGGAGCCCAGGAAACACAGUCAACCGCGAUGAUGACACCAACUUCGCAAUUCCAGUCGGAAGCAUUACCCCAGACCACUGGCCCGGUAGUGCAAAGUCAGGUAAAGAUGACUUUGCCUCCGACGCCGCCUCUGGGUCCAGAAUCGAUUGUCGACGGCUCUCAAUCGCCUGCUGCAAUGUCAACACAUUCCAGCGUAGCUGCGUCGACCUACUACAUGCAGAUGGAUCCCACACAACAACGGCAAAACUACUCGAACGCAGUCUCAAAGCCCUCCAUGAUGACUCCUCACCCAAUUGUCACAUCAUCAUAUCCUAAUGCGACAUACCCACUUUCGCCUUACCACACGUCUCCAACAUCGACGCUGUCAUCUUCGUCACCUUACUACCCUUCAGAAACACCCAUUCUUCCGUCGUCAGGGAUGUACGCACAGCGGCCUCUUCCUUCCAACUUUCCACCUCCGGUACACAUUCCUCUCUCGUCUGGUCCUACUGGAAUCACCAGCCCUUGGCAGCACCAUCAUUAUAUCAACCAAAGCAGCCAAGCUUCGUUCCCGCAGCCGCAGGAUCGCUACAUUUGUUCUACUUGCAACAAGGCCUUCUCUCGGCCAAGCAGUCUGCGGAUCCACAGCCACAGUCACACGGGCGAGAAGCCGUUCAAGUGUGGACACCCGGGUUGCGGAAAGGCCUUUAGUGUGCGAUCAAAUAUGAAAAGACACGAACGUGGUUGUCAUGCCGGCAACGGGAUGAUGUCCAACUCAUAAUUGCAAAUGGUGGUUACAGUGCCAUUGUUUCUUCUUAAUAGUUAUGUCAAAUGCAUUGGGCGGCGAUAACGGCAAUGACGAUUGAUUCAGGUCAGGUAUUUUAUAGGAUGGGUCAACGACGGGCGAGUGGUGCUUAUCAAAAGCGGGGAAAACAUUGCACGAUACCUUUGGAUAGUCAUUUGAAGUCACCGUCAUGGAGCAUGAUCAUAUGCUCAUGUUAAGG